CUCUCCGCCAUGGACAUUGCUUUCGACACAACAUGGUGUCCGGUAUGCAGCCGCCAAAUCCUCCCCAAACGCUACUACGUGCCCAUCAACCCUCCACAACAAGCCCCCGCGGCGCCGCCGAGCUCGCCCACGGCUGAGCCCAAAGUCGCCGCGGAGCCUCCCGCGCGUCUUCCGCGCAACAAGACGGGCACGAUACGUCCGAGGGGCGGUGGACUUGUUCACGGCACUGGUCGUGUCAAGCCCAACGGUGCCCUCAAGCGCGACGACACCGUCAAGCAGACAAAGAAACAGCCCACACCCGAGGCCGGGGUUGAUGCCAACUCGACGCGCCCCAUAGGUGCGGUACGCCACCGCACCGUCAUCGAUCAAUCCCCAGUCCCUUUGUACUGCUCCGACGAGUGCCGCCUGGUUGACAUGCAGUCCUCGUUCGGCGCCAUGGGUAUGGAGUACAACCCCGACCGCUGCACCUCUCCUACCCUGCCCCCUGUGCCGCACAAUUCCUUCUCCGAUUUCUCCUCGAGCGAGAGCGACUCUGCCAGCGGCGCGUCCUUCGACUCGCGUUCGUCGUUCAGUUCGUCGCCACCGAGCGCGACUAGCAUCGACGACGACGAGCCCGCCACCCCGGAGUCAUACGUAGCCUUGACCAAACUCUUCCCCGACCUGCCCAAGAGGCCCCCACCACCACCCCCACUCAUCCGCCGAGAUACCAACGAGAGCACCGCGUCCCUCGACGAUCUCACCUCGGGCGUGAUGAUGUCUGGGCAGCGCAUCAAGGCAGCGCUCUGCCGCGAGCCCCCGAGGAAGCGGUCUGGUUACUCCGCCUACCCUGCCGAGGAGCGUCGCGAGCGGAAGAUUAUCCCCGGGUGGACGGACGGCUCGCAUGCAUGGCGCGCCAGCGUCUACAACCUAUCCGCCCCCCUCGACAUGUCCAAGCCGCUCGACGAGGAGCGCGUGCGCGGUGCCUACAAGGGCUUCGUCGCCAGCAGCCAACGCUCUCACAGCGGCGUCUACUCCACUCUCUCGACGCCCACCUUCGACGCGCCCUCGCCGUCGACGGCGUCGCUCCCCCCGUUGGCGCGAAGCAGCGUAGGAAGCGCGGCCAGCCUGCAGAUGCGCUCGCGUUCGGAGGCGGACGAACUUAGCAAGUAUCCCCUCUUCCAUUCUCGUAGCGAGUCGCGCCAAUCUCUCAUGGGCGCGCUCUCGACGUCGCCCACCGGCUCGACGCGCUCUAUGCCUGCGACGACCUCGGUGCGGCGGAGGGAGGUUUCGCUGGUGAAGCCCGGCGCUGAAGGGCGGCUGCUCGUUCCGAACGUCAAGAUGACGCGGUCGCCGUCGACGACGACGAUGAGCAGCGUGACCAGUGCGGGCAGCAGCUACGGCUGCUAUGCCUACGGCCGCAAGCCUAGUCCGCUCAGCCGACAGAACAGCGAUGCCAGUAUGGAGACCACGGACAGCCUCGAGACCGAGGCUGAUCUGACGAUGCGGCCUUCGUCGAGAAGCCCAACGAAGAAGUCGACUGGGGACUCUUGGAGCUAUUCCGAUGACACGAUGACGUUCCCCAUCCUUCAGAUCCCGAAGAAGGAGAAGCGCGUCGAGCGCAGGAUCAUCGAUGGGGAGGAGCAGGACGUCGAGGUCGAGGUCGAGGUCCAUCAGCCGCUCAAAAGGCUCUUCCUCUUCCCUGGCAAGGAUGUCCGCUAG